CUCUCACAAUUCCCUGCUUCUGUCGCUCUUGAACCUCGAUUCCUUUCGCUCUCCAAGGCUACCUUCUCUCCCUCUUCCACCGUGCGAUCUUUGUCUCACAAGUUACCAACCGCACUUUCUUGCUAAAAAACCUUCACUGCUUUCUCUGUUGCUAGAGGUUGCUUUCUCUUCUGCUCUCGCAGGGCCUUCAGUUCUCACUUAGAUUCCAGAGUAGAAGCCCAGAAAGCUAAUAUGGCAAAGCGAGAGCUUUCCAGCACUCUCAGGAACUUAAAAGAUGAAAAGAAACGAUAAAAUUUUGGUUUUUUAUUUAUUUUUAUGCAAAGAGCAACUUAGAAAGAGGUGAAGAAAGAAGAAGAUGUCAAACCAUACCUUAUCACCUCAGAAUUUUACGUUUAAUAACCAAGUGGAUUACUUUACUUGGUUGGACCUGUUUUUAUAGCUAUAUUUCAACCUUUCCUCUGAUAGCUUUUAACGAUUGGAUUUCUCGAGUCUACUUUCCAUGCUUUGACCAUUUCAUUUGGCAGAGGGUUCUGGGUUUUGGAGAAUUCUUCAUUAAAUUGAAUUUUUUGUGAUUAAAUUUCUGGCUUAAGUAGCGGUUUUUGAGGUUGUGGUCUCCAAAAAAAGUUGAUGCAGGUUUCCUUUCUAUGAACCUGAUUUUGGAUGGGGAAAGCCACCAUGGGUGACUUCAGGUACGGAGUUCAAGAAUCUGAUUGUGUUAAUGGAUACACGAGAUGAAGAUGGCAUAGAAGUAUCCUUGAAUCUCAAGGAAGAAGACCUGGCCAUAUUUGAAAGCACUAAGGAGCUGCUUGAGGUGCUAAUGUGCCUCCACCAUUCAAUUCAUUUGAAUCUACUGGUCUCCCAUAUGAGAUUCAGAGGUUUUGAGCUUCCACAAAUUUCAAGGCGUUCAAACUUUACUCUCGAAUGAAAUGGAUCAAUUUGUUUGCAGCUUGAAGAUUUUUACUUUCACCAAGUUUAUCUUCAACUCCAGGCUUUGAAAUACAAUGUUGUUCUAGGCUGUCAUCUAGAUUCCCAAUCACAUGUUUCCACGGCGGUUUCAAAGAGGUCCUUGAGACGAUCAGAUGCUGUACUCAGCAGCCACCAUUAUAAUAAGGUAAGACCGAGCGUCAUUCUCUUGGUCACUAGAUGCCUUGAGAAUUUAUAGUCACUCACCCAACUUGGGAUUUGAGUAAUCAUGAAUAACUCGAUUUUGUGUUACUAUGUGAUGCGGUGGUGAGAGGACUUUGGUAUGGGAGGGAGGACUAGAGAGAGAUGUUUAGAUUUGAGAAGGGUAAUUGGUAUUGAAAAUUGAGAUGCCUAUAUACCAUGGCAGGGUCGGUUCCAGCUUUUUCUUUUCCUUGGUAAUUACUAUAAAUACAAAUGGAUGGUGCAUACAAAUUACUAUAACUUCAAGAAAAAACAAAACAGACCCAGAUACCAAUUCACUUCAGUCCUCAAACAUCUCGAUCCAUUCCAGCUUUUUCUCUUCCUUGCAUGGAGAGCUGUACAAGGCACUUUCUGCAAUUUAUUGCAAAAUAAUGUCAGUUAUCCCUUCUUUGGAUACAACUCAAACUGGGAGCAAGUCUGGUAUCCAAGCUUUACGUUCGUUGCAUGUAGCACAUGAAAAGUCUAAGAAUGUAGUAAGCUUUAUUUGGCAGGCACAGCCUUAACUUUCACACUGAAAAUGAAGCCCAUUCCCUUCCCCCAAAACCACACCCUUGUCCAUGAAAAAAAAGUCGAGGUUUCCAAAUCUCGCGCAGCGGCUAUGGCCUUCUCCCUCCGCCAUAGCACAACUGGGAUAACGGCCCCCGUGAAGCGUUCAUUCAGUGGCUUCUUCUACGUGGAGCUCUGGGUCGGGACCCCCCUGUUAAGGCCAACCUGGCCAUUGACACAGGGAGCGACCUCACUUGGGUGCAAUGCGCAGAUUGCACCAAGUGCUUCCCCGUAGCUCUGCCAAAUUUUGAUGGGAAGAAAUCGGCUACCUACAGAGCCAUGUCUCCUCGUCAUCCGCUCUGUCCCGAUCCUCCUCCUUUGGGUCGUAACGACACCUGUUCGUACGAGGUUAGCUACUUUGGUGAACACAUUGAGGAAGGGCAGAGCAGCAGCGGCCGUUUUGGAUGGGACGUAUUCACCUUCAAAUCUGAAAUUCGUGGGCAACAGAAGCAGCAACAACUAGUCACAAACGUUGCGUUUGGCUGCGGGAUAAUGAACCAUAUUGAUACGGGACCUCAAGGUCCAGAAGGGAACCCGAUCGCAGGGCUUCUAGGCCUAGCCUACGAGGCACCUAGUAACUUCUUGAAACAACUGAGGAAUAUCACCCUCGAAAGAUUUUCUUAUUGCCUUCCAAUGGAUGUUGAAUCAGCAAAUGAAACGCUGAUACACUUUGGUAAAGCAGCACAAAUUUCGGGUCCUAACGUGCAGACUACACCAAUUUUGGGGCAGGGCGGAUACCAUGUGCAGUUGAAGGGUAUCCGUUUGAAUGGGAGACUGGUCCCAAUAGAUCCAAAGUUGUUCAUGAAGCCAGUAAGUGAGACAGUUAUUGAUUCAGGAACACAACAUAGCUUCAUCACUGCCAAAGCCUAUGUCAUCCUCAAACGAGCUGUGAUAAGUCACUUUCAAGACGCCUACAGAUGGAACCCCUUGAACAACACUAGGAAACAUGCAGGUUAUGACUUGUGCUACGAGAUACACAGAGGAGGAAGGUAUAAGUUUCCAAAACUCACAUUGCAUUUCGAAAAUGCAUAUAUGGAUUUGGAUAGGCAAAGCACAUUCAGAGAGUAUAUCCAAGAAAAUCAAUUCUGCAUGACGAUUCUUCCUCUGGAUGACCAUCUGCAGCUAAACGUACUCGGAGCUUAUCAACAAGUAAAUCACAGGUUUUUGUUUGAUGUGGCUGAUUUGAAAUUAUCCUUUACUGCUGAAAGUUGUUGAUCACUAAUAGUAGUAUUAGUAUCUAUCUGACAAGUUUGUGUAUCAUGUCCAUUUAUUGGACUACAUGAUAAGUAUUGCAAAAAAAGUUUAAGUGAUCAUCGAUAACAUAUAACAACACCUUUAAUUUCC